GCCGUAGCUGUCUGGAAGCUGCUGCUAAAUUGGAGUUGAAUCUCAGAGCAGACACUCACUCUAUAUCUCUUUCCAGAGGAAGACAGACCCAAAACCACCAGGACAGGAUGUCUUACGGAUCCAUCGAUGCAGGCUCCUUUGGAGGCAGCCGAAACCCCUUCGGAGGCCCCAAGAGGCAGGGCUACCAACCAGUAGCAACACAGGUCAGCUCCUCAGAGCUGCAAGACGUGUUUCAAGAGACCUCCUCCAACAUUUUCCAGAUCAAUGCAAAUGUUGUAGCAUUAGAGAAGAGUCUUCAAUCGUUAGGAACGUCCAGAGACACUGCUGAACUGCGACAGAGCCUACAUUCUACACAGCAGCAAACCAACAAUGUCAUCACCAGCACCAGUCAACUCAUCAAACAACUCUCUGACAUCAUCACUGGCUCUACACGGCAAGAUCAUCUUCAUCUGACUAGACUGAAGACAGGACUCUCAGAGUCGGUUCAACGCUAUGGAGAUCUGCAAAAGAAAAUUGCAGACCGUUCGAGGGCCUUGCUACCCCCGGCACAGACAGAAAUGAAGCAGAGUCCCCAGACUCCGUUUGCAGAGCUGUGUGAGGAGGGGGGUCCCCUGUUUGGCGGUGCAGCAGAGAGCUCCGGGGGGGAUGGACAGGAGCAAGCGUUCCUCUCAGAGAUCAGUGAGGAAGACGUGGAGGCCCUUCGCCAGAGAGAAGAGGCCCUGCUGCAGAUUGAGAGGGACAUGUUGGAUGUCAGCCAAAUCAUGCGAGAUCUGGCCAGUAUGGUGCAUGAGCAGGGAGAUGCCAUAGAUAGCAUUGAGGACUACAUGCAGACCACCACAUCCAACGUGGAGUCAGCCAAUCAGGAGCUAGCAAAGGCCAGCCAUCACCAGAGGCAGAUUAGGAAGAGGAAGUGUUACAUGCUGGUGGCGGGAGGCUUCAUCCUCACCCUCCUCAUCAUCAUCAUCGCUGUGUCAGCAAGAAAAUGAAACCAACUCCAGAGGUAGCUGCAGUCAUAGUGCUGUGACCUCUCUACUUCUGCCCCACCUGACCACCUGACCCCUGACCUGUACCAGCAGUCUCAGACAGGAGGGCUGCCCCACACCAACACCUCUACUUCGUCAUGGCUGUCUCUCCUUGGUUAUGUAGUUAGAUAUUUGGUGUGCGCAGGUAUAUGAGUGUGUGUGUGUGUGUGUGUGUGUGUGUGUGUGUCAGGCAGGGGGCGGGGGGAUAGUUGGUACUUAUAUUAUCAUCUUCAAAUGAAUGGCAUACUAGUCUACUGUGGUUCAUUUAUACUGUACCUAACUGUGGUAGCUGUGGCAGCCAACCAGCCAAUCAUGGAAGAGAGGUAUUGAUGUAUCCACUUACUUUACCCUGUUUUCCUCUGUGUUUGUUUACUUGUUUUUGUUUUUUAAGCACUGGAUCAUAUUUACCUGAUGCUACUGUAUCUACGAAGUAUGAUAUUAAAAUGUUGUGUAGUACUUAUGAUUAUAUGAAUACAUAAAUGAUCAUUAGACAAAAACGUAUCAAAUGGUGUGAUAAAAACAGUACUUUUUAAUAUGAUUUACAGCUUUUUUCAGUCUUAUUUUACUAUCAUUUUACUCUUGCUAUCCUCUCUCUCUCUCUCUCUCUCUCUCUCUCUCUCGCUCAUGCAAACACAGACACACUUGCACACAAACAUAUCUAUCUGCCAUGAUCUGAGUGUAAAGAGUGGAACAUGUGACAUAAAUUACAGGUUUGUUGAUCGCCUGAAGCACUCACCCUCUGGCCAAUGAAUAGGCAGUAGAGUCAACCACUUUCCCUCCAUUCCCUCCAAAUGUCUCAUUCAGUUACAUAUUUUCCAGGAAGGCUUAUUUAGAGAUAGUAAUAGACUUAAUUAAUCUCUCAGAGGGGUGAUUAUCAUCUCUCUGACUUCUCCCGUGGGCUGUAUGUGUGUGUUAUCACUGAGUUCUCUGAAAAGAUGGGUAAGACUCUUCAGUGUGCAGCUUCAGUGUGCAGCUUCAGUGUCAGCUCCUAGCCUUUUCUGCUUCUGACGUCAUGCAUCUUUUAUUAUCACUCUUCCCUCACAAUCCACCGGCAUCAGUGGGCUCUAGCUCUUAACUCAUCGCAUGCAUACACAAAUCUGAAGUGUUUUAUUAUUGUUAUUUUCUCUUAGUCUUACUGAGUCAGUGUGCCCAGAUAUUCAUUUGGGUUUUUUAAUUUGUACCUUGCAGAGAAAAGGAACAAAAUGAACCAAAAGCACCAAAAUGUUUGUGAAUCUAUCACAGGACGUUGGUGGCACUCUAAUUGGGGAGGAAGGACUCGUGGCAAUGGCUGGAGCGGAAUGUUGGAUUGGUAUUAAAAACAUCAAAACAUGGUUUCCAUGUUUUUGAUGCCAUUCUAUACUCCGUUCCAGCCAUUAUUAUGAGCCGUCCUCCCCUCAGCAGUCUACUAGGAACCUAUCUUCAAGGUCUGGCAUCACUAUUCAAAUCUAUGCAUAUAUUUAAGGUGAUGUAACUUACUGUAGCUUCUCAUAUCCCUGACAAAAGCUUAAAGUUUCUAGAAUUGUGGUGUGGGCGAUAAAUGAUAGCUGGGGAUACUUGUGAACGUUUUCUGUUUGAAUUAAGUUGUGCUUCAUUGCUGUGAUAUGUUCCUUCACUGCUUGUAAAAAUUCUCAGCGUCGCAAAAUAUGAUUAUUCACAAUGGGAACGUUAUGAGAACGUUGUGAUGUUCAGAAAGGAAUUUGUAGCACCUAUUACUCCUCAGCUCUUUAUUUUACCAUUGUAAAAUGUACUUACAUUGUGUCUUUUUGAUAAAUAAAAUCUCCUAGAUA